AUGAGCACUCAAAACACACACCCGCAGGUCCGCUGGCAAAGGGCUACACCACACCCUCCUGAGAACGAACACUUGAUUUAUCCCCCUCUUCAACUUUUGAAUCUGCCAGGCAUACUCGGAGUCCGAGCCACGCUUCAUCCCAUGUUUGGUGAGCUACAAAUCGCCCAUGCCUUUUGCUGCGAUGGCGAGCCAAACCCUUGUAUCACUCCGGACACUUACCACGUUCCCUACGGAUUCUACAUUGAUUGCACCGUAAACAUUUAUGGAAUUGGAGAGUACAGGUGGAAAUCCCGUGUCUGCCCUCCAAUCCCAUUGGCUCGUGAUGUUCCCGCCCAACGUCAGGCGCGGCAGGGACCAGCACAACAGCAUGGCCAUGCACCAGAGAACAAUAGACUAAAACGUAACUACGAAGACACGGAUUACCCCGAUGCUACUGGGCGAAAGAUACCCAGGACCGAUUGGUAUGCAGCGACUGUCGAACGAGAACACAGGGAAGAAGUAUAUGGUGUCGGCUCCGAGGAGAGUGCUACGGGAGACGAGACAGUUGAAGCAAAUGAAGAAAGCGGAGAGGAGUAUGAGGAGUACUACUGGGGACGCGAAAGUAGCGUCGAAGUCGAGCAAUGCGUCAAUGAGCGCGACUCAUCCGAUGAUGAGUCCCUCAGUUGGGAUGUCCCCAAAGCCAUGGAAAAGGCCAAAGCGAGGCGUGGCCUCGUAUAUUCUGGAAUCUUUCCCAGUCUCGGCAACCCAGAGGAUACUCUGUUCUACGGCGAUUGGGACCAGUGGAAACAACGAUGGCAUACAGACGCGUUACGCACCGGUAUUUGGAAAGUACAUUUUGGACCCGAGUUUCGCGUUCAAAGGUAA